UCUCAUCCAAAACAACUCCUCCCAGUCGCAGCACUGCCGUUUAUUAGGCACCAGGAUUUGGUGAUUCCCGAUUGCCUACUUUAUUUUGUCCUCUUAAUUUCAAGCAUCUAAUACCCAGAGCCCACUUCGUCAACUUCAGCCGUGCUAAAACAGAGUGGCCAACACGGCUUCUCUAUAUAACCUCAGUUCCCGAAGUUGUUCACACUCCAUUGGUGCCAAGAAGAAGCAAGAGAUAACCUUGAACCAUUCGUCGAUUGAUCGAACAAGAAUGGCAUCGAAGAGAAUCAUCAAGGAGCUCAAGGACCUGCAGAGAGACCCACCAACUUCUUGCAGUGCAGGUCCUGUGGCUGAUGAUAUGUUCCAGUGGCAAGCUACCAUCAUGGGGCCUAUUGACAGUCCGUAUGCCGGGGGUGUUUUCCUCUUGAGCAUCCAAUUCCCACCAGAUUAUCCAUUCAAACCUCCAAAGGUAGCAUUUAGGACCAAGGUCUUUCAUCCAAACAUCAACAGCAACGGUAACAUCUGUUUGGAUAUACUCAAGGAUCAAUGGAGCCCGGCCCUAACCAUAUCAAAGGUUUUGCUAUCCAUAUGUUCGUUACUGACAGACCCAAAUCCUGAUGAUCCGUUGGUCCCGGAGAUCGCUCACAUGUGCAAGACUGACCGAUUACGAUACGAGACCACAGCUCGAAGCUGGACCCAAAAGUAUGCCAUGUGUUGAGCCUGAGAGUUUCUCUACUAGUGAAAUGAUUUCAUCCGGCAUUGCUACCAUGUGUCCUUAAAUAAGUAGCAGUGAUGCCACUGGAGAGAUGGACUCCCUCUAAUGAUGUUUGGUAUAACAAUUUUCACUCUUGUAUGGUGUAAUAAGAUGGAGAUAUUUUUAAGUUGAUUCUGACAAUUAUGAAAUGUUUUUGAGUAU